CUUCCAUCCCUUCCCCUCUGUAUCACGCACCCGCCCAUCCACCUCUUAUCAUCCUCAUCUUCACUUUCUCGAUCGCUCGCUCGCCCGCUCGCCUGCCUCAUGGCUCACCAGCGUCAGCGCUCUAGCAGCACCUCCAAUUCUCCACCACCGACAUCGACAAAGAGCGCAGCAGCCAGACUUCCCACCAUCUCGUCAGGAUCGGGCGGCGGUAAUACCGAGCUUCGGGCGCAGAUUCGUCGUGAGCGAGAAGCGAGCAAGACUAAUGCCCUGGGCGUUGUGAAGAGGGAGCCCUCCGGCUCGAGCAUUGCAUCGAUGGCUGCACCCUCGAUGACAAGGCAGCACACUCAUCAAACGAGCGAUAGUGACACAACAGCAAUCGCAGGGCCCUCUCAGUUGGAUCGGCGCACCUCAUCCACUCACCUCGACAGCUACGCAGCACCACCUGCAGCCAUCCCGCCUUCGAGUUCAGCCGGCUCAAUGACGGCAGCUGCGGAGCCUCGCAUCCCAGCCUCAACAUCCAAAGCCGCCAAGCGAUUGAGCACAGGGUCUGCCGUUGCAGCUGCCGUAAGAAAGCUUGAAGAAGACGCCAAAGCCAGAGAUGCCGGGCACGGCGGAUUCUCCAUCACUCGAUCCGGCUCGACUGGUUCAACAAAGGGUCCACCUCGAGAAAGAAGGAGCACAGAUGAGUUCGCGCUCGAGACCGCCAUUCCUGAAAGCUAUGAUCACUCGUUCGGCAUCGAGACACUCUCCGCAGCCUUCUCCGCCAAAUACUACGAGCUCGCCAACAAAUGCAAGAGUUGGGAAAGAUAUGCAGCUCAGCUACGUGCUCGAGCAGAGGCUCUCGACAUCGACUACCGCAUCCUACGCGAAUCCAGCGAGAGGCAGGAGCGUCAUGUCGUGGCGCUCGAGGCAGAGAAUGCUGUGCUGCGAAGCCAGAAUGAGCAGAGGGAGGCGAGAGCAAGAGAAGUCGAGGCAAGGCUCACUCUCUUGGAAGCCCACGUCGCCGAGGCUGACCAACGUCGCGGACCUAGCAAUGAGUCAUCAGCAACGGGCUCCUCUCAGUGCGGCUCUUCCCCCUCGCCACCAGGACACAGCGCUUACCACUCUUCGAAUCUGGCCAAAUCUCAAUCUUCGGGUGAAAGGGAGCGCCAUCGAGCGCCAACGCCUCUGUCCGGCAGCCGUGAUCGCAGCGAGUACGAUGCUGGCCAAAUCAACCUGUCUGCGCAAGGACAGCGACCCAAGCGUCCCCUCUCGAUGGGACCCAACGAUCACUACACCCAUCUACAAAAUGUCUCGCACCUCACCAGCGCCCCAAUGAUGCAUGGCCCAGCAGCUUCAAGCUCGAGUGUCACCCUCCACUCGCAGUACGCCCUAGGCAGCGGCUCUCAAGCCCACGCAGCUCUACCCAAGCGCCGCAGCGUCAACAGCCUGGACCCAGACGUCGUCAAGUCCUCAGCGAGCCUGCCCGUUCUCUACCUCGGCUCAGCAGGGGUAGCCCGCAGCCGUGGCAUGAGCGUCAGUAGCACGAUGAGCGAGGCGACAAUGGUUGCGCCACCCUACGUAGCGGCCUCUCAGCGCUCGAGCUCAGUUCUCGGCGGCGGUAUGCCACACACGCGCGCAGAGACCGUUGGGGCUGACGGGAGUCACACUGGCAGUCUGAAUGGACGACGACGCCUUCGCCGCACCUCGCUCAACCAGCAGCAGCAGCUUGCGGCACUGCAGGCGCAGAGAGACACUUCGGCCUCUUCGUCCAGUCGUCCUCCCUCACGUACGGCCUCCCGAAUGAGCGCAAGGACGGGACGCUCCCGAGCAGGUAGUGCUACGGUGCACGACUCGAUCCCGGCGGUGAAGGACGACAUGUUCUCUAGCUCGUCGGCCUCGCUCAGCAGCGGCCGCGAGGCGAUCACACACAGCCAGUCGCAGCCGCUGCUUAACAACCGUACUGCCUCUAGCGGCUCGCUCGGCCCGCCUGCAGCUACUGUAGCGCCACACGCUCACACCAUCCACCUCGCAGCUGCGGCGGGCCAGCGUGGCCAUACGCCUCUUAUGCCGCUGCACCAGUGGACCAACGUCGAGGGGCGCGCUAACGUGACCAGCACGAGCGGAUACGCUCACCCGCACUACACCGCGUCGGCAUCGGACGGCAUCCUCAUGUCUAGCCAGGGCUACCCGCACCACGCCCUGUCACACCACCACUCGCAGCAGCAUCUCGCCUCCACGACCUCCCAUCCGCUCUUCGCUCGUCAGCCGAGCAGUGCCAGCUUGGGAAGCAGCAGCAUCCUGACGCGCACCUCCAGCUCGGGUGAGAUUGCCCUGCCCAAGAUUGAGGAUGGCGACGAAGGAGCGGCCGAACUGAGCGAGGUUGCCUCGGGCGGGGGCCAAGAUACGGAUGCGGAGAACCAGCCCCUCUCAGCGCGAGGCGCACUUCAUGCCCAGACCCGUAGCAGCGAAGACGAGCCCGCCCUGUCAAGCAGCGACUGUGGUGCUGCCUCAUCCUCAGAGGAAGACAAGCGCGGCGCUCAUCGUCGUCUCUACAUUGCGCUGCGUUCUGAACUUGGCGCGACCGACUUGGCCAAGUUCGAGCGAUAUGUUCAUCGCUAUGAUGCGCUUGAGAUCCCCAUUGAUGGGCCGCGCGGUUUGGUCAAUAGGGUCAAGAAGCUCCUCCUCCUCGCAGACCCAACGUUGAGGGAGCGUCCGGCUGAUCUGAAGCGUAGGAAAGAGCUAGCGAGGGAGUUUGAGAGGAUCGUGCGCGUCGACCUGGGAACGCCCAACGCUGCGGUAGCUGCGUGAAGCCUGUCAUGUCAGGCGGCGUGGCAACGAGACUCAGAUGAGUAGAACGAGAAGGGAAGAGAAGCGACAUCACGCACGGCGACGACAUGCUACGCCACGCUCACGCUACGGCGGCGCCGCAGUACGCGGCGCCAUACCAGCCAUACCAACGCCAUACCAUCAUCAAGUCGGCACGACCACCAUCAAC